AGGGUGUGUUGGGACUUUCAUGGUCUCUCACAAAAGCGCUCUCUUCCACAGCUGCUUCGUGUCGGUGACUACAAGAACACUCGCAGCCAAACAAUCCUGCCCACUGUAAUGCGUUCAGAGCCCAAAGCCGAAGCCAUAAAACACCGGAGCAUGAAUUACAGCAAAGAGUUGGCUUGUUGUCAAGACUUUAUAGUGCAAAGCUGACGCACUCAAGCUCCAAAAGAGAGAGAGAGAGAGGGAAGCUGGAGGAGGGGCAGUAGCCCGGCAGGCAGCUGUGGUCAGACGGAAGGAAUCAUGUUUGUUUUCAAGGUCAGCAAGUUCCGGCAGCUUGAAUGAAGCCCAGCGGGGGGAUGCUCGCUUACACGCGGCAGCCGUGUAUGUAGAACAGGGACCAGGAUGUGAGAAGCUUUGGAUUACUCCAGCCGUCUGCUGUGCGGCCACUUGGGGGGAAUGGGCCCGGCCUCCAUGCAAGAGGAGUCCAUGACAGAGUCCGAGGAAGAGAUGGAGAGCUACGGCUGCCUCCUGCAGGCCCGAUCCCAGCUGGAGAGCACACUGCAGCAGGUGACGGUUCCAGUGAGCAUGAAGGAGGUCGGCGGCUACAUUGAGAAACAGGUCGCAUACCUGUCAGGUGGCCGCGGAGAAGACUCCAGUGUCAUCAUCACGCUCCCGGAAAGCUCCGCCUUCAGGGACAUACCGGAAGAGGCCUUGGCUAAAGUCUUCACGUACCUCACGCUCAUCCCUCGAACGAGGCAACCAGGAGUAAAGUUCAUCAUCAUUUUAGACCGAAGAUUGGACACAUGGGCUUCGAUCAAGACUGCAUUGGCCAGAAUAGCAGCCUCCUUUCCGGGGAACCUCCAUCUGGUCCUGGUGCUCCGACCCACCAGUUUCUUCCACCGCACCGUCACUGACAUCGGCUUUCGCUUCACCCAGGAGGACUUCAUGCUGAAGAUGCCUGUGGUGAUGCUGAGCUCCGUCACAGACCUGCUGAAGUACAUCAAUGAAAACCAACUGACGUCAGAGUUCGGAGGCACCCUGGACUACUGUCACAGCGACUGGAUUGUUUUAAGAACGGCCAUUGAAAGUUUUGCCGUCACAGUGAAAGACGUUGCGCACAUGCUGCAGGCCUUUGGCACUGAACUGGCCGAGACCGCCAUGCCUAGUGAGGGUGAUGCCAUUCAGAGUCUCCUGGAGUCUCACAAUGAAAAAUACAGAAAGCUUAAGGAGGCCAUUCGAUCUUUAUCAAGAGAGGGUCAACAUCUUUUGUCAAGCCUGGAGACCACCACCACCAGGGACAACAAUGACCCUCACUGGGAUGUCCAGCUGGACUGGGAGACGGUUCAACGGCUCCUGACUCAACUCCGAGACAUGGAAUUGGCCUUUGAUGGCUACUUUGAGAAGCACCGUCUGAAACUGCAUCAGUACCUGCAGCUGCUCACGUAUGAGCAAAGCUUUCAAGAGAUGGAGUCAUGCCUGUCUGGCGUGACGUCUCAGCAGAGCCAGCUGUCCACGACGGUAGACACGCUGGCUCAAGCCGAGCAGGCUCUCAAACAGCUGGAGACUUUGGAAACACUUUCUCAGGAAGCCGUGUCACGCUCCCAGAUCGUCAUCCUUCGCGGCCACCAGCUGUCGGCGGGACACCACUACGCCACGGCUCUAAUCAUGCAACGCUGCAACGAGCUGCGGCAUCACUGUGAUAGCCUCAAUGCUGCUUUGGGGAACAAACGCUGUCAUCUCCUGCAAGCGCAGCAGCUCCUACUGUCUCUGGACCAGGCCCAGUCCUGGUGUGAUGAUGGAGCCUAUAUGCUGGCCAAUCAACUUGUGGAGAAGUUCCACUCCAAGGAGGGAGCACAGACUGCUUUGAAGGCCAUCGAGAACUUCCUGGAGGGUUCGCCCUCCAUAAUGACAUCUGCACCUGAAGUUCUAGCUUUGGAGUAUGAGGCUGUCAUCACUCCUCAGCUGCAAGAGAAGAUAAAUAAAACGUUUGAGAAGCACGCAGCGGUGCAACUGAUGAUCCAGAACCGACGGGUCGAUCUGAGGAAGCUGGCCGACAAACACGUCCGACCGGUCCAGCUGGUGGCCCCCCGUGCUGAGAACCCACCUCGCUCAAAAUCGCCAAUUUUCUCCCCCAAGCAUGCUGACGGUUUGAAAUUCACAUUUGAUCUCCCUCUUCCUGGAAAGAGGGCAUCCCGAAAAGGCCCCAAUGCUCGCAAAAUCGAGGUCAUUCAUGACUACCAGGAGAGCCGCAGUUGUGUGUCGUACGGCGUGGAGGGAGAGGACAGCCCGGAUGUCCUCAAGCGUCACGUGAUGAGAGAGCUCAUUGAGACGGAGAGGAUCUAUGUGGAGGAGCUGCUGUCGGUCCUUCUCGGCUAUGAGGUAGAGAUGGACAACCCGCUUCUGGCUGACCUCCUGCCGCCCGUCCUGCACGCCAAAAGAGGAGUCCUCUUUGGAAACAUGCCCGACAUCUACAACUUUCACAGCAGCAUGUUUCUCCAGGACCUUGAGGGAUGCCUGGACACUCCCGAGGGUGUGGGACUUUGCUUUCUUGCCAGGAAGGAGAACUUCCAAAUGUACGAAUGCUACUGUCAGAACAAACCACGUUCUGACGCUCUGUGGCGGCAGUUCUCGGAUUGUGCCUUCUUUCAGGAGUGUCAGAAGAAGCUGGGCCACAAACUGGGCCUGGACUCUUACCUGCUAAAACCAGUUCAACGCCUCACCAAGUAUCAACUGCUGCUUAAGGAGCUCCUGAAACAUAGCACUGACUGCAAGGGAUCAUCUGAACUGCAGGGAGCGCUAACAGCCAUGCUGGACCUGCUCAAAUCCGUCAACGACUCCAUGCAUCAGAUUUCUAUCACAGGAUAUGAGGGGGACAUUUGCGAGCUGGGCCGCGUGUUGAUGCAGGGCUCCUUCAGUGUGUGGAUCAGCCACAAGAAAGGGUCCACGCGCAUGAAGGAGCUGGCCCGCUUCAAGCCCAUGCAGCGCCAUCUGUUCCUCUACGAGAGCGUGCUGCUCUUUUGCAAGAAGAGGGAGGAGCAUGGGGAAGGUUGCGACAAAACGCCCUCGUACGGCUUCAAGCACUGCAUCAAGAUGACUGCUGUGGGGAUCACAGAGAACGUCAAAGGAGAUCCGAGGAAGUUUGAGAUCUGGUACAGUGGCAGGGAGGAGGUGUACGUGGUUCAGGCCCCCAGCGUGGCAGUGAAGAUGUCCUGGCUCAGCGAGCUGCGUCGCAUCUUAACCAAUCAGCAGAAGUUACUGCGAGAUGAGAUUCAUCAAAAUGGACAACCAGUAGAGCACGUGCAUCUUUCUCCACCACCAUGUGAGAGUAAGCAAGAGAGAGCGUCGCUCAGUUCGGAGGACACCGAGUCGGGGAAGAGCAGCCCGGACGCCCAGCGGCGCGCCCCCAAAUACCAGCUCAACCGCAGGAGUUGGCCGGGAGCUCAUCAUCACUCGGUAACCAUCUGUGAGGGUCUCGAUGACACGAGUGGCGGCCGGCAUGCUUUCCACCAGCCUGACACGCAAAUGGUGAAACUGUCUCGAGGCCGAUAUCGGGCCUUGGCGGACUGCCUACAAAACGGACCGGACAGCGUCCUCAUCAAAUGCGGCGAUGUCAUCCAGCUGAUGUGUGAAGACAACAAAGGCCGCUGGCUGGUGAAGAAUUUGAGUCGCCACCAAGAUGGCUUUAUUGCUUCUGCCAGCCUGCAAAUGACCAUAAGAGGGAGCAGUCGAGCAGGCUCUUCCAGACUCAGGGAAACAGGCAACGUCAGGACAAGAAAGCUCAGUUCUCCAUAGUGAGAAACGCACGUGAUCAGACCAAAAAAGGACAUCCUGUCCUGAUUUUGUGGCACUUUAAGGCGUUGGAAUUCUUCACACCCUCACAGGUUAGGAUUGACAAUCCGUUCUGGUGUCGCCCCCUCCACACACAUACAAACGUCAUAUAUGACCAGCACAAAAGCUGUGGAAGCCUUGCGUCCUUUCCCAAGACUCCACAGUGCAGAUGUGAGCAGGAAUGCCUCACUUUUUGGCAACCAUUCUUUACCGGUCACGAGUGUUUGCUUUGACUGAAGAAACACUCGAUCCAAGACUGGGUUCGAUUUCCUACAGAAUAUAUGGAUGUUUGACUGUGAACAUCAUCCUAGAAAAAAUGGCUUGAAGAAAAUCAUGGACCUGCACACAAUCAGAAUGCCUUGAUAUUAUUGCAGUACUCCUUGGAGACACUAGGGGACAUUCUGCAUUUUCCCAGUAUCUGAGAACUGCUGUGUGUUGUUUUUUGUUGUUGCUUUUUUAUAUAGACACUCGGUUGACAUCAUACCCAGUUUCUAAGGGAAUUUCUAGCCAUUUGUAACGAGCCUUCUGUACUAUUCCUCAAGUGCCAAAAUAGUGUUUUCACUUGUUUUAUUUUCCUUCUCAACUUGGGGCGCUUAUGUCUUAGUGAGCAAAUUGUUUCAAGAGGACAAUCUCCACAACGAGGAAGGAAAAUGGCCUAUAUGUAUGUGUGUGUUUGCCUUUCUGAAUUCUUUCUGUGUGAGUGGGGGGGAGGGCAUGUGCACCACCUACCUUCGGCACAUUGCUCAUUCAAUACAGUGAACCCCCAUUUAUCAUCGAGGAAGUGUUUUAUAUUUGUUGUGGCCUAACAUGGUACUACACCCAACUUUAAAUUUGGACUUGCUUGUAUAAUGUAAAACCCCAUUAGAAAGAAAAACCCCAAAAAACGUAAAAAUCUGCAGCCAAGAUACGGAAGAUGAACAGCGGGGUUCACUAUAAACAUGACGGGCACGAAUGCAAGCAACCGAUGGGUUAUCAAGCUGUGUGUGCUGCCUUCUUGCUUCCUGUUGUUAGCCCCGCCCUCAAAGCUUCCAUCACACAAGCCUGUUGUCUUUAAUGUGAGAUAGACUGAUGAUACACCAUCAUGUGUUGAUCAACGCUUCAUUAAACAUUGACGCCACGCUUGUAUAAAUCCGAGUGAGGGCCCCUGUUGGGGAGCGGCUUUUGAUAUUGAAAUGUAUCUUGAAAGCGGCAGGAGCCUGGUCACAUGACAUUGUUUGUUCAAAUAUUUAUUUUGUCUUUGCGAGCUGACCCCCCCACCCCCCCUCCACGCUACCAAAUGAAAUCACAUCUCCGUUCCUUCCCGAGAGCCGCGAUUGCUUGAAUGCUUACGUAACAAAGCAAGCUGUGGUUUUGUAACUGUCAUGAAAAUGCUGCUGGUUUUGCACAGAUUUUUCCAAACAUGGGAAAAAAAAGCUCGAUGUAUUCAUUCAUCUUGUCAAACCAAGAAGCCUAAACUUGGAUUCAUAUGUUUCUUGCAACCGGGUAGAAUAGUUUGCACAUCUUUUGCUAAAAAAAAAAAAAAAAUGCAAUCUGGUCAGUGGUUACUAAGAUAUUUAUUGCAAUAACUGCUGUGUAAAUAAGCCUUUUGAUAAUUCCACUGUUUCAGAAAUGCAAUAUCUGUCCAUAAACGUUGACUGACUGGAUAUGUCCCAUUUUCAGGGUUUCGAUUAAAGCCUACACAGACAACAAAACUGUGCCGGUGGUCUCUUUGUUGCUUUUUGCCCAGAAAACAACACUGAUUAUGCUUCUGUGUGAAAAAAA